GGACGUGAAACAUCAGUGAGCGCUCACAGUCUCUCUCACAGUCUCUGACUCUAGCUGAUUUUAGACAGUUAUUACUGCUGUACUCGUGGCGACAUGAGCGGAAGAGUUGGAGAUCUGAGCGUGAAACAAGCCGAAGCUUUGGCUCAGUUUCGAGAAAAUGUUAAGGACAUUCUACCGCAGUGUCCAUCCCAGAGUGACCACUUUCUUCUCCGAUGGCUGAGAGCAAGAAAUUUCAAUCUACAGAAAUCCGAGGCCAUGCUACGCAAGCACAUGGAAUUUCGGAAAAACAUGAAAGUUGACACCAUCACUACGGAAUGGCAGGUGCCAGAGGUAAUAGAGAAGUAUCUGUCUGGUGGCAUGUGCGGCCAUGACCGUGAAGGAAGCCCGGUCUGGUAUGAUGUCAUCGGACCUUUGGACCCUAGGGGUCUGAUGCAUUCGGCGUCCAAGCAGGACUUUGUCAAGUCUAAAGUCAGAGACUGUGAGAUUCUGCAGAAAGAGUGCGACUUACAGAGCGAACGGCUGGGUAGGAACAUUGAGUCCAUUACUAUGGUCUAUGACUGUGAAGGUCUAGGAAUGAAGCAUUUAUACAAACCUGCUAUAGAGACUUAUGGAGAGAUUCUCACUAUGUUUGAAGAUAACUAUCCAGAGGGACUCAAGAGGUUAUUUGUCAUUAAAGCACCCAAGCUGUUUCCUGUGGCUUACAAUCUGGUGAAACAUUUUUUGAGUGAGGACACUCGCCGUAAGGUCGUCGUACUGGGAUCAAACUGGCAAGAGGUUUUACAGAAGUACAUCGACCCUGAAGAACUCCCAGCGUACUAUGGAGGCAAACUGACCGACCCUGAUGGUGACCCCAGAUGUAGAACCAGGAUCACCUUCGGAUCGGAGGUUCCCAAGACCUACUAUGUUCGAGACUCCAUUAAGGUGGACUAUGAUCAGUCUGUGACUAUCGGCCGUGGCUCAUCUCAUCAGAUGGAAUAUGAGCUGCUUGCACCAAACUGUGCGCUGAGAUGGCAGUUCACUUGUGAUGGUGCAGACAUAGGUUUCGGUGUCUAUAUGAAGAAGAAGAUGGGAGAGAGGAUCAAAGCUAGUGAAAUGAAGGAAGUUGUGCCAAAUCAGCGUUACAACGCUCACCUGGUACCCGAGGACGGAUCCCUCACCUGCCCAGAUCCAGGAGUGUAUGUCCUGCGAUUUGACAACACAUACAGCAUGUUCCAGUCCAAAACGGUCAGCUUCACAGUGGAGGUCCUCCUACCUAGUCAAAUCAACCAAUCAGAGCGUUAGAAAUUAUGACAACAAGAAAGCAUUUGAGAUUUGAGAUUAUGAAACAGUUUAGAAACUUCCUCUGAAGCAUAACAAACUUAUGACAUUUUAGAAAAAUGCUAGGAAAUUAUAAUAAUGCUGCUCUUGAAAAGGAGUGUAUCUAAUUAAACUGACCAAUCAAUGCAUUACAAUGGUGGGACGAAAUUUACACCUCAGUGUUCGACGUGCAAUGACUGACUGUAUCGUCCACCGACAUAUCUGGAUAAUGACUUUAAUGCCAGUAUGAUUCAAGUUUCUCUGAGAUGAAGCUGAUAUCAAGUUGAUUUGACAUCAUGUAUUAAUGACGUUGUAUCACUGAGCUUAUCAUUGAGCUGUGGUUUAUCAAGUGUAACAACUGUGCUGCAGAUUACUAGACUGAAACUGUCUUGGUGUUAUUUGAGUUUGCCCUUUAGUUCGUUUUGAUAAUGAAUUCAUUUAGAUAAUGAACUCAGAUGAGUCUGCACACUUUUCCCUCAGAUUGUGGUAAAGGGUUAAAUUGUUGAUGCACACAAAUCUGUGAAACUUUUUAAAAUAUUCUGUUUACAAAGAGCAUUUGACUUCAUACGGAGUAUGAUGUUGACGUCAUGGCUGGUUUGCAGUUUUUAAUCCCACUAAUUGAUGUUGUAAACCUUUGCUUAGCAUGAGAUUUUAUACCUCAGGUCCUUGUGUUUACAGUAACACUGCCCGUAUUUGAUUCCAGCAGCACGUGUGUGUUUGGUCAGUGUCUUUCUUUGAUGACCACAUUGUAUUUUGUCUGAUUUGUUUCUGUUGGUUUUGUAAUAUUAAUGUAAUUUAUAAGUGAUAUUGUAUUGAUUUUGAUUAAUUAACCCAUUAAAUAUAUACAUUGCAAUCACAAAAACAAG